GACCCCGCGGACAUGCUCGCGCCGCUCCCCCUCCGGCCACCAGGCGGCGCGCGAGGACGCUCUGGAAGUCUGUCUCGGGACUGCGCACGCGUUCGUGUUCUGGCGUUACUCUUCCCCUCACUUCCGUUGAAUUUUGCAGCGCCGUUUGUCCCACACGGCUACCCGUACGGAUCCGAAUCUAGCCCGGGAACUAAGAGGGAAGCGCGAUCCUGGAUCAAUCUUCCUGUCCUGAACCUGACGAAGGAUCCCCUGAAGACCCCUGGGAGGCUGGACCAUGGCACAAGAACUGCCUUCAUCCAUCACCGGGAGCAAGUGUGGAAGAGAUGCAUCAAUGUGUGGCGUGAUAUGGGCCUUUUUGGGGUGCUGAAUGAAAUUGCGAACUCAGAGGAGGAAGUGUUUGAGUGGGUGAAGACGGCGUCCAGCUGGGCCCUGGCACUCUGUCGAUGGGCCUCCUCCCUCCACGGGUCCCUGUUCCCCCAUCUGUCUCUCAGGAGCGAAGAUCUGAUUGCUGAAUUUGCCCAAGUCACAAACUGGUCCAGCUGCUGCUUGCGGGUCUUUGCCUGGCACCCCCACACCAACAAGUUUGCAGUGGCCCUGCUAGAUGACUCAAUCCGUGUGUAUAAUGCCAGCAGCACUACAGUCCCGUCCCUGAAGCACCGGCUGCAGCGAAACGUGGCGGCCCUGGCCUGGAAGCCCCUUAGUGCCUCUGUCCUGGCUGUGGCCUGCCAGACCUGCAUUCUCAUCUGGACCCUGGACCCCACCUCUCUGUCUACCCGACCCUCUUCGGGUUGUGCCCAAGUGCUGUCUCACCCUGGGCACACACCUGUCACCAGCUUGGCCUGGGCGCCCAGUGGGGGACGGCUGCUCUCAGCGUCACCUGUGGAUGCUGCUAUCCUGGUAUGGGAUGUCUCAACGGAGACCUGUGUUCCCCUUCCCUGGUUUCGGGGAGGUGGGGUUACCAAUCUGCUCUGGUCCCCAGAUGGCAGCAAAGUCCUGGCUACCACUCCUUCAGCUGUCUUUCGGGUCUGGGAGGCCCAGAUGUGGACUUGCGAGAGGUGGCCUACUCUAUCGGGGCGGUGUCAGACUGGCUGCUGGAGCCCAGAUGGAAACCGGCUGCUGUUCACUGUAUUGGGGGAACCACUCAUUUACUCCUUAUCAUUCCCAGAACGUUGUGGGGAGAGAAAGGGGCGCGUUGGAGGUGCCAAGUCAGCCACCAUUGUGGCUGAUCUGUCUGAGACAACAGUACAGACACCAGAUGGAGAGGAAAGACUUGGAGGAGAGGCUCAUUCCAUGGUCUGGGACCCCAGUGGGGAGCGUCUAGCUGUGCUCAUGAAAGGAAAUCCAAGGGUCCGGGACGGUAAACCAGUCAUCCUCCUUUUUCGCACUCGAAACAGCCCCGUGUUUGAGCUGCUUCCUUGUGGCAUUAUCCAGGGGGAGCCAGGGGCCCAGGCGCAGCUCAUCACUUUCCAUCCUUCCUUCAACAAAGGGGCUCUGCUCAGUGUGUGCUGGUCCACUGGCCGAAUUGCCCACAUCCCUCUGUACUUUGUUAAUGCCCAGUUUCCACGUUUUAGCCCGGUGGUUGGCCGAACCCAGGAGCCCCCAGCUGGGGGUGGAGGCUCUACUCACGAUUUGCCCCUCUUUACUGAGACAUCCCCAACCUCUGCCCCGUGGGACCCUCUCCCAGGGCCACCGCCUGCCCGGUCCCACUCUCCUCACUCCCACUUCUAAUAAUAAAAAGUCCCUUUUGUUGUUUUCCA